UCAAGAAAUGGUCAAAAAUCAAAAAUGGGCGAAAAUGUAUAACCUCAAAAACAAAUUAUUUUAAUUUACGUGUAAUUUUUUCAUCAAUCAUAUGUUUUAUAAUGGAAGUUACAGCAGAAAAUCAACAUAAAAUUUGGGAAGACACGUAAUAUGAAGAUUUACUGUAACAUUCUUUUAUUUAUUAUUUCUAUACUAAUUUGUUUAUUGUGCAUUUUAAUCAUAAUCAUCCAACACUAUUAUUUACACUAUAAUUUUUACAAAAAAGAAACAAGUUACGCACCGAUAUUCGAAGAUUUAAUAGCCACAGAUUCAAACAACAAUUUCGCAUUAAGUUACUCAUUUAAUGCCAUCGAAGAUCACUCCAAUGAGAAUUUUAUCCUAAGUAAUUUAAAUGCCCUUCUGGAAUCUCAUCAUUCACCAACACAUGAUACCACAUUCUUGGACAAGAGUGCCAGUUUUAAUGUAAAGUCAACAAAUUCUGAAAUUUUUAACAUAUUACAAGCGGCGAUAGGAUUUAAACUAGCUGGAAAAGACCACAAAGCGCUUAAACUUCUGGAACACGCAACAGCUAUAGCUCCAGAUAAUCCGGACGUGCUGAAUUGGUAUGGAGAAUUUCUUGAACAAAUACGAGAUGAUGUGGUUACAGCAGAUGAAUUAUAUUUUAAAGCUCUCACACAUUCGCCAACCCAUGCAGCUGCUUUAGUUAACCAUAAAAGAACAUCUCCAGUGGUGGACCGACUGGAUUUAGAAUUAUUUAAAAGUAUAGAUAAAAAGAAAGACUACUUGAAGAAGCAAUUUGAUACCUACAAUUUUGAAACUCUGAAAAAACAAGCUUAUUAUUUACAUAUUUAUCAUACUGUUGGUAUUGAAGGUAAUACUAUGACGGUAGAGCAGUUGCGAACUUUGCUAGAGACAGGACAAGUCAUCCAAGGAAAAAGUAUAAUAGAGCAUAAUGAAGUUUUGGGUUUGCAGUUGGCACUAAAGUAUGUGAAAAGCUUAGCCAGGAAGGAAUAUAUUACCGUUGAUGACAUAUUACAGAUGCAUAAGAGGGUAAUGGGACACGUGGACCCUCUCACAUCUGGUGUAUUCCGUGGUACCAAAGUAUUUGUUGGGCGCCACAUUCCACCAUCAGCUGAAAAAGUGCCGGAGUUAAUGGAGAGUUACGUGAACUGGUUAAAUUCCGAGGAAGCUAGGAAUAUGCAUCCGGUGCGAUACGCAGCUUUAGCCCAUUACAAACUAGUCGAUAUCCAUCCGUUUGUAGAUGGAAAUGGACGCACAAGUAGAUUAAUUAUGAAUUUGAUUCUUCUGCGUGGUGGUUAUCCUCCAAUAAUGAUUUUAAAAGAGCAAAGAGAUAAGUAUUAUGAUGCACUUAACGUCGCAAAUGUGGGCGACGUUCGACCGUUUGUUCGAUUUAUAGCACAUUGUACAUUGCAAAUUUUAGAUAUGUAUAUUCAAGGCACACAAAUGUUGGUGCUUGAUGGUGAUAGUGCCAAUGUUGAGGGCACGCAGCUGAGAUUAUAGUGUGCCACUUUAACGACUUGGCCAAGUUAGGUUAGGUUGAAUUUUAAAUCAAAUGUUUUAAUAUUGUAUACAAUUUAUUGUGAAUAAAACAAGUUGUAAUAA